AGUUUCACUUCUAAUUCCCAAGACAAUUAAGUUGCACAAAAAGCAUUGAAUAUCCGAAUAUUCAAGAUUAAUUCAUACAUGUACAUUUUCGCAAAAUACAAACUCUUUAAUCCCCUUCUUUUUUCUCUCUCUCUCUCUCUCUACCUAUAUGAUAUCACUUUCUAUAUUCCAAUUUCACUUUCAAAUUAAUAUUCUUUCCUUUGGAAGGUAAAAGCCCACGAAACUUUCACAUCCAUGUGACCAUGUCUAAGCUUCUCGAGACCCUAGAAGAAGAAAAGACAGUAGAGCAGAAACCCAGAAGCCAAGAAGAAGAAGAUCAUCAAGAUAGCUCGAAGAAAGAAGAGUUGUUAGAAUCUCUGUGUACUCCAACUUCAAGUGAUCACAAGAUUCCGGAGGUGGAGACGUGUCCUCCGCCGCCAAGAAAGCGACCGCGUGAGAUUUCUCUCACAAAGAAGACAAGAUUGUCCAAAGAUCUUCGGUUCUUUGAAGCCACCGACGUCGGGAGCCAAGAGGUAGAGACUUUAUUUGUUCACGAACCAAACCAUGUCCGUAAGAAACGAAGGAGUAAUAGUGCCUGAAUCAAAUUUGAUUCUGUAGAUAUACUCUUCUUUCUUUACUUGAUUUACACAUAAUUUUCGAUCACUUUUAUAUACCUAUUUUAAUAAAUCUUUAGUCCGAAUUCGUAUUUUCUUAUGGGAUUUUAACUCUGGUUCUGUACAUGAUUUUGUAUAUAUCGAUCUUCUUCUUUUUUUUUGUAAAAAUGGUGGGAUAUGAUUUUGUUUCUAAGAUUUAGCAGGGUUAAGAACUUAGAGAUAUGAAUGGGAGACUAGUAGGUGAAUUAUGAUAACCAUCUAUCUUUAGGUGUUUAGGGUUAAAAACAUAAUUACUUUGGUUUGGUAGUGAUUUUUUUUUGUUAGUAAAAAAAUUGGCAUUGAAUGAUUCAGACAUCGAACAUGAC